AUGAUGGGGUUGACACAGGGAGGAAUGCUUCUUCAAAUUCUGUUCAUUGCUUUAUUCUAUUGUUCCCAGCACCUCGUUUCGGCUGCCAAUCCGGAUCAGCAUGAGAAUUGUGAAUUCUGGGCCAACAGUGGUGAAUGCGAAAGCAACCCAAAAUUUAUGUUGGAGAACUGCGGGACGAGCUGUGAGACCGUUGCCGCCCAAAAGCUCGAAGACGCACAAGCUUUGGCCAAGAUUGGAUCCUUUUUCGAUUUGACUGCCAAGGAUAUCAAGGGAGAUGUCAUUGAUUUCAAACAAUUUCAAGGUGAUGUUACGAUUGUCGUCAAUGUUGCGUCAUAUUGUGGAUAUACCGAUUCGCAUUACAAGGCUUUGGUCCAAAUGUGGAAGUAUCUUUCGAUUACCGACCAAGUUCAUCUGCUAGCGUUUCCCUGUAACCAAUUCGGUGGCCAAGAACCCGAUUCAAACGAAGAGAUUCAAGACUUUGUGACCUCUAACUAUGGAGUCAAGUUUACGAUGAUGGACAAGGUCGAUGUGAAUGGUCCCAAUGCCAGUAUGGUCUUCAAGUACCUCAAAUCGCAGGCAAACAUUGGAAAUAUUGGCUGGAACUUUGCUACCUAUUUUGUAGUAGACAAGGAAGGAGGCGUCACAGCCCAUUCUGAUUUGAAUGGCAAUGAAGAUUUCAUGGAACUUCGGAAAUCUGUCUUGCGUUUGGCAGAUUGGCAAGAGCUCUAA